CAGAUUGCUUAAGAUUAGGGAAAGGAGUUGAAAAAGAUGGUAAAAAAGCAUUUAAAUUUUAUCAAAUACUGGUAAAAGAAGAAAUUUCUGAUGCACAAUAUCAACUAGGAAACUGCUUUUUUAAUGGAAAUGGAACAGCA